AUGGCGAACAUCUCAGCAGCUGUCAGGCUGAUGACCCGCCCUGCGGCACGCCUUUCAGCGGCAAGCCGCUGCGUCAGCAAUCCCCAGCCGCCCAAACACGAACAGAUCUUCGCGGAAGUGCGCGAACGUCUCUUCCAGGCCUAUGUACAGCGCACGCCGAGUUUCGUGCAGGCUGUCGACUUGCUGACGUCCAAAGGUGGAGAGAUUCACAACGAUCAUAUGGCCCUUCGAUCCUUCGUGGAUUCACAAGGCCGUUCGGGACUGAAAUUCUUCGAGUCCAUCUUUGAACACUUCGGCUAUGCCGCGCAAGACUCCUUGGUGAUUCCUGGCCUCUGCGUGAAUGCACGCUGGUAUGAGCCUCCCGAAGAGACGAAUUGGCCGAAAAUCUUUGUCUCGGAAAUGCGAAUUAACGAGCUCCCAAGCGAUGCCGCAGAUGUGCUGUUCCGCCACGUGGACGGCUUCUACGAGCCCGACCGCGCUGUGGCGGCGCUAGAGAGCAACGACCCAAAGCAGGUGGCAGAAUUGCUGGAGACGCCACCCUGGAAUCCCACGAUUCAGGAGAUGCAGACACUGAGAAACAUGGCUGCUGACCCGAGCAUGGGAAACGCCUUGGAGUACGCAUCUUGGACCUUGACGCAUGGCCAUCGUAUCAACCACGUGACCAUUUUGUUGAACUCCUUGGGUAUUUCGGGUGUGAACACGCUGGCGGACCUCAAUGCCUUGUUGCAAUCCAACGGUUUGGUCUUCAACCGAGCCGGCGGAAGCGAUGGCCUGACGCAAGGCAGUCCCGCUGUGUCCCUGGAGCAGAGUUCCACCAUGGCAGAUGAGGUGCCUCACCGUUUCGGCUGCGGCAGAGAAGAGGUGGUGCCCUGUUCCUUUCUGGAGCUCAUCCAGCGCCAUGCAGGCUUCAGGGGCUUCUUGGGACAGAAUGCGAAAGGCCAGGAUGGGGAAGUGCCCGGCACGAUUUUCUGGCAAAUUCGCCCUUUGCAAAUAUUCCCGCUGCAGCAAUUUUGGCUCACCUUCAUUCACACCCAAAUUCGUCACGCUUCUUUCGCAAUGUCCGGCUCGGCCGACUUCACCGAGAUGACGGGGAAAGUCAUCAAGGAUGCGGCGCGGCUCGCCAAGGAGAAGGGACACUUGCAGUUGGAUCCUGCACACAUCUUCACAGUUCUCGUGAAAGACAAGACUUCCCUUCCAGCUCAAGUCUUGAGUCGCCUCAACGGUGACAGCAUGGAGCUGGUAAAGGGCUGCGAGCGUCUGCUGGGCAGCUUCAGUUCCCAGUCUCCGGCUCCGGAGGAUUUGCCCCCGAACAAUGCCAUGCGCACCGCACUGAGCGAGGCCGAAAAGCUGCGGAAGCAGAGUGGAGAUAGUUAUCUUAGUCUGACGGACCUCUUCUUGGCCUUGCUGAAGCAGAAACCCAUCAAGGAGAUAUUGAGCAGCGCCGGCUAUAGCAUCACCCAGCUGGAGAAGGCCAUGGGUGACGUCCGUGGCAGUCGCAAGGUGGACAGCCAGACGGGCGACGAGAACUUCGAGGCCCUGAACAAGUACGGUCGCGACCUGGUCGCGGACGCCGAGGCGGGCAAGCUGGACCCCGUCAUUGGCCGAGACGAGGAGAUCCGACGCGUGAUCCAGGUGUUGGCACGAAGGACGAAGAACAACCCCAUCCUGGUUGGCGACCCUGGCGUUGGCAAGACCGCCAUUGUGGAAGGGCUGGCGCAACGGGUGGUCACCAAGGAUGUCCCCGAGGCAUUGAAGGACUGUCGUGUCAUUGCCCUGGACGUCGGUGCACUGAUCAGCGGUGCCAAGUAUCGCGGUGAAUUCGAGGAGCGAUUGAAGGCUGUCUUGCAAGAAGUGAAAGACGCCGAAGGUCGCGUGGUGCUUUUCAUCGAUGAGGCGCACUUGUUGAUCGGUGCCGGCAAGACGGACGGUGCCAUGGAUGCCGCCAACUUGCUGAAGCCCAUGUUGGCCCGUGGGGAGCUCCGUUGUAUUGGCGCCACCACGGUGGAUGAAUAUCGGAAGUACAUCGAAAAAGACGCCGCCCUGGAACGGCGCUUCCAACAGGUGACGGUGGAGGAACCCUCGGUGCAGACGGCCGUAACGAUUCUGCGUGGCCUCAAGGAGCGCUACGCGGCGCACCACGGCGUCAGCAUCUUGGACGCCGCGCUGGUGGCUGCGGCCACAUUGUCGGACCGCUACAUCACCACCAGAUUUCUACCAGACAAGGCAGUGGACCUGUUGGACGAGGCGUGCUCUAAGAUCCGCGUGCAGCUCAGCUCGCAGCCGGAGCAGAUCGACAAGUUGGAACGCCGCAGGCAGUACCUGGAGGUGGAAGUGAAGGCGCUCAGCAAGGAGAAGGAUGAUGCCUCGAAAGCGCGUCUGCAGGACGCGCGGAAGGAGCUGUCCUCGCUCGGGGAGGAGCUGGCGCCUUUGAGGGCCAGAUACCAACAGGAACGCGAGCUCAUUGAAGAUCUCAGCAAAGCCAAGUCCAAGCUCCAAGAGUUGAAGCAGAAGUUGGACCUCAUGGAGGCCCGUCAUGAUGUGGAUGCUGCGGCGGAUUUGCGCUACGAUGCCAUCCCGGGGGUCAUGCAGAGGAUCCGAGAACUGGAGAAGCGAAAGCGGGAGUACGAAGAGUCCACCGAGUCGCCGUUGUUGGUGGAGACCGUGACGCCGCAGCACAUCGCCGAGGUCGUGGCACGUUGGACGGGGAUCCCCGUGUCCAAGCUGACCCAGGGGGAGAAGGCGCGUUUGCUGCACUUGGAAUGCGAGCUAAAGAAGCGUGUGGUUGGCCAAGAAGAAGCGGCCGAGGCCGUGAGUCGUGCAGUGCUGCGCAGCGCCGCGCGGCUGUCGCGGCGUACACAGCCCACAGGCUCCUUCCUCUUCGCUGGGCCCACAGGGGUGGGCAAGACCGAAUUGGCCAAAGCCCUGGCCGCGGAGCUCUUCGACAACGAACACCGCAUAGUGCGCUUUGACAUGUCGGAAUACAUGGAACAACACGCGGUGUCGCGUUUGAUCGGUGCUCCCCCUGGAUACGUGGGACACGAGCAGGGUGGACAACUCACUGAAGCCCUCAGGCGGCAUCCCUACAGCGUGGUGCUCUUCGAUGAAAUGGAAAAGGCACAUCCGCAGGUGCUCAACGUGCUGCUCCAACUGUUGGAUGAUGGCCGCAUCACCGACUCGCAGGGACGAACGGUGGACUGCAGCAACUCUGUGGUGAUUUUGACCUCCAAUCUGGGCUCGGAGCACUUGAUGCGCGCGCUGAGCAAAGGCAGCGCGCUCGAACUGGAGAGGGCCAAGGAGCUGGUGCUGCAGAGCAUCCGCAGCACCUUGCGGCCGGAGCUGUUGAAUCGCCUGGAUGACAUCGUGGUCUUCCAGCCGUUGACGGGACCCCUCCUACGGCAGGUGGUGCGACUGCAAUUGGCGGAUGUCCUGAAGCGUUUGGAAGAGCUGGAAGUUACAAUGCACGUCACAGACGCGGCCAUCGACUUUGUCUUGAAGGAAGCGCACGACCCUGAACUGGGCGCGCGGCCUUUGAAACGAUACCUGGAACGACAUCUGGUGUCCAGGCUAAGCACCAUGAUCUUGGACGACACUUUGACCCCUGGCAGUGUGGUGAACGUGGAUCGACAGAUGCGCAAUGGCAAGGCGGACUGGGACUUCCAGGUGCGCAAGGGUCAAAAGAGGCAGCGGGUCGAAGAGCCGGAUGCUUCGCCCAUGUCUGUGAAAUAGUUGCACUGAGUGAAUCCGUUGGCAGUUUGGCUCGCCCAAAUUGCGUUAACGACAGCCGCCUUUGGGGGGCUUGGGGAGGACACACGAUCGGUGUGUCGAAGGUGAGUAUUUCUAAUUAUGAAUUCCGGAAACUUUUCUGAACCGUUUCCGGGCUCAACUACGAGCUCAUGUACAGGGCCUUUAGCGCCAUUUCGUUCAGAGCCUGCCCAGCUGGGGUUGCCGACAACAUGUCUGCUGGGCCUGGCACAUUUAGGAGUCAGGUCUGAUCCGUAGCGAUGGCUUUUACCGGCCUCAAAGCGUGCCAGACCAAACAUCCAAAAACCGAAUCGUGCCUCGAGCACGAGAAACGGUCGGAAGUUCACCGAAAGAGCAUGCUGGGCGGCUGUGACAUCUGUGACUAGAGGAGCAUACCUUGCAUGAAAUAUG